AUGACAUUCAAAGAUCUGAAUGGCGAGGCUAAGGGCCUUCGCAUCCUCAUUGUUGGAGCUGGAAUCGGAGGAUUAGUCGCUGCCAUUGCUCUCAGACAACAGGGACAUCGAGUCGAAUUGUUUGAGCGCUCACGCUUUGCCAAUGAAGUUGGUGCUGCAAUUCAUUUAUCGCCCAAUGCAAACGGGGUUUUGCGCAAGAUGGGCAUUGAUGCCACAGAAUUUGGCGCCGUGGAGGCCGAAUUUCUGCGAGAGUAUACACCCGCUGGAGAGGCGGUGCAUAUUACGCCCAUCAAGGAGCAUGCGGCGAUGUGGAGACAUCGAUGGCUCCUCGUUCAUAGAGCCCACUUCCACGAUGGACUCAAAGCAGCUGCCCAGGCACCUGGAAAGGGCGAGCCUGCCCGUUUACACACUGCCAACAAGGUAGUCGACGUAGACCCACACGCCGCAACAAUCACUCUUGAAAACGGCGACAUCAUCAAGGGCGAUGUGCUCAUCGGUGCAGAUGGCGUGCACUCUCUUACCCGCACCAAGAUUUCAAAGGAGACAAAACCGUUUAGCUCAGGAAAGAAUGCCUUCCGAUUCCUCAUGACUCGACAGCAAGCACUGGAUGACCCCGAAACCGCCAGUAUCGCCCAAGACUUUGGCGCAGUUGACUUCUGGGACUCCGAGGAGCGCCGGGUUGUCAUUUAUCCUUGUGACAAUAACAGGCUUCUCAAUUUCGUCUGUAUCCACCCCGAGACCGAUACCCCCACAGAUAUCGAUCCCACCGGCGACUCCUACAACCAGCAGAUCGGAAAAGAUGCCCUGCUGGAUGUAUACAAACAUUUCAAUCCCCAGGUCAAGAAGCUGCUUGAGAAGGCGGAUCCACAGACAUUGAAGCUCUGGCCGCUGUUGGAUAUGGAUACCCUUCCCACUUGGGUCGAGGACCGUUUGGCUAUUCUUGGCGAUGCAGCCCAUCCUUUCUUGCCGUAUCGUGCUUCUGGUGGUGCUAUGGCCAUUGAAGAUGCCGUCUCGCUGGCUGUCAUGUUGCCUGGAGAUAUUGGGCGUGACGAAGUACCCGAGCGGCUCAAGGUCUACGAAAAGGCUCGCCACGAACGCGCUACAACCAUUCAACAAAUGACCCGGGAUUCAAGUAAAAUUCAAUCUCCUGAAUCAGCAUGGGGUAUGGUUAAGUACAUUUACGGUCAUGACGAAUUUGACCACUCCGCUCAAGUCCUCCGUAAACACCUCUGGUCCCAAAACCCCCACAUGUACUGGCGCCAGCCUAUCGUCUUCGGGCCAAUGCCCGGCCCACGACAGGACUGGAUGGGCCGUGACCGCACCCAAAAGUCAAUCCAGUCAACCUUCACAACGGCGUCAAUCAAAUUCAAAACCAGCCGAACCCUUCUGCAAAAUCUUUUCCCGUCAGACCGGUACAGUUUCAUCUCACCGAGUACUGUCGCACGCGCGAGCUUCUCACAAACUACCCUCGGUGGCAUGGAUUGGCUUGGUGGCGGUGGAUACCGCCAUAUCGGGCUUUAUAUUCACGGUGUGCAAUAUAAAAAAGAGAGUGGGGAGGUGUUGAAAGGAACAUAUAUGCCCAUUUUGUUUGAAAAUCUUGCUGACCCGAUCGUUUCGGGACGUGAAGAGCUUGGCAUGCCAAAGCUGUUUACUGCCAUUGAUGUUCAUCAGCGCAAUAGCUCGUACCGGAUGCAGACGAGUUGGCAGGGUGCUGUUUGGGGCCACUUUGAGCUUGAGGACCUGCAGGAUCAGGAUCCUGCCGCUGAUGCGGGGACGAUUGGAGGUGAGGCAGAUGAUGGAAUUUUGGUUUAUCGGUACAUACCUCAGGUUGGGAGGGAUAAUAAGGGCAAGGCUGAGGCUGAAUAUCCGAUAUUUGUCCCGCAUGCUGCUGAAUCUAAGGUCGUGCCUUCGAAGGUGACUCGGCUGCAGCGUACUAGCAAGGCGAAGGUGGAAAUCAAUGGUCUUGAUUGGGAUGCUCUUCCUACACUUCACCAUGUUAUCUCUCGUUUGGGGGAGAUUCCAAUUGAUGAGAUUAUUGACGCCAAAGUGGUCAGUGGAGUUGGAGUUCCUGAUGUUUCUUCGGCUAUGCGGAUUGAAUGA